CGGGGGAAAACACUGGACGACAGCUCGGAGCCUCUGUCCAAGCGACACUCAGAUGGGAUCUUCACAGACAGCUACAGCCGCUACAGAAAGCAAAUGGCCGUCAAGAAAUACCUGGCAGCCGUCCUGGGGAAAAGCCUUGAAGACAUAGGUUUUCACCCAAGCCUACAAGACAUAGACUUUGAUGCCCUCCCGGACGGGGAUGAGUUUGAGGCUUUUUUGGGAGAUUGGCUGAAACAGUUCUCUCCCGAAUUUCCGGCUUUGUGACGCAGGAAGCAGUUUGCGGCUGUGGUGCCUUGCAUCGACUUUAAAAAUCGCCAUGAAUCACAAAUGGCUAUUUAGUGGCCCUACAAUGCUGCACAUCACCAGCUUACAUUUCACCCUUUAUGUUGUUGUUUUGAUUUGUGUUGACGUUUUGAUCUUUAGUAGCAUCCAAGCUUACGGGUGAAGCGCUCUUGCUUGCACUGCUUUGUUUUUGCACUUUGUUUUAGAGCACUAGACGUUUUGUGAAAAUAGAGGGGAAGAUGAGUUCCCCCACUCUUCAUGAAUCAUUAUAUGUAUAAUAAUGAAAGCGCCAAUAGCCUUACUCAAAUGAAUUAUCUUCAAAGAUAUAUAUAUAUAUAUGUGUAUAUAUAUAUGUGUAUAUAUAUAUAUAUAUAUAUAUAUAUACACAUAUAUAUAUAUUUACUGUGUAGAAAUUGAAUAUUAGAUUACUACUUCAAAUGGCGAUCUGCAAGGGUCAAGUCAAUAAAUGUUUAAAAAAAAGUGUUGUAAGAUUUGUAUGAAUAAAUUUUUUGUAAACAACAAAAA